AUGCAGAGCUCCAGCCAGUGUCGGGGAGGAGGCUGUUUUAUACAGGGAGCAGACCAUGCAGAUAUCGGGCAGAAAAGCAUUCCAGGCAGAGAGGACAGCCAGUGCAAAGGCCCCGGGGCAGGGGUGUUCGAGGAUCAGCCAGGCAGCCAGUAUGGCCAAAGCAGCAUAAUCGAGGGAGUGGUGGACAGUGCUGAAGAACCGGCCUGGCUCCAGUGGCCUCGAAAGGACCCCAGCCCUCGAGAACCCCAGCCCACAGCCCUCUGCUGCCCACAGGAUGGGAGCCUGGGGGCUGGGAGCCCGGCCAUGAGGGAUUACUGCUCCUCCCCACGAAAGGCCAGCCCUGAACCCCCCAGGCACACCCCUGCCCCAAGCCCAGGCAUGGACUCUAGACACAGUAACCCCAGUGGAACUGGGGAAGGGGCCUCCUGCUCUGAGGAUCCUGGCAGGAGUUUGGCCUGCCCAUCCCUGACCUGCAUCCCUCCCCAAGAGGCAGCCACGAAAGAGACAGUGGGAGCACUUGGAGCCUCCAUCUCAGGGACACCAGAAGUCACCUCCUCUGGGAAGCCAGAGCAUGUGUCUUCGGUGAAAACUGACCCCUCAUCCUUGGAGAGCAGAAAGCCUGUGUUCUUGGAGAAGCUGGACUCCACGCCUUCAAAGCAGGCAGAUUCCACUGGCAGAGAAAAGGAAGAUGCCGGGUCCUUGAGAAAGGCAGGUCCCAUGUUCACAGGAAAGGCAGAGCCUGCCGUCUUGGGAAAGGGGGAUCCGGUGGCUUCUGGAAGGAUGGAUCCUGGAACCCCAAAAAAGGAAGAUCCUGUAUCCUCGGCCAAAGUGGGCCCUGCAUGCCCAAAACAGGAGGAGCCCAGGUGUUCGGGACAGAAGCUCCUUGUGUCCUCAGAAGAGGUGGGUUCUGCACCCGCGGGCGAGGCAGAUCUUGUGUCCUUGGGAAGGAGAGACCCUGGGCCCGCAGGGAAGGCGGACCCCAGGUCCCUGGAAUAUGCCCCGCCUGCAGCUGCAGGAAAGACAGAUCCUGGCUCCUUGGCAAUGCUGACUCCAAGGUCGCCGGUCAACAUGGAGCCCGUGUCCCAUGGAACAGUGGCUCCGGGGGCGACAGGAAGGGGCCGGCCCGUGGAGAUGACAGAUCCUGUCUCCAUGGGAAAUGCGGACACAGUGUCCUCUACAGAAGAGGACCCUCGGUUCCCGGGAAUGAUGGCGCCCGCCUCCUCAGGAAAGGGAGCUCCCACGUCUGUGAGCAUGACAACAGCCGGGCCUGCUGGGCAGGCGGACGCUGGCUCGUUGAGCAAGGUGGGCCCAGUGCCUCUGGGGAAGGUGGAUCCCGUGUCCUCGGAAAAGCCAGAGCCCCUGUCUCCCGGGCAGGCUGAACUGGCAUCCGUGGCAAAGACAGGAGCUGUAUCCCCAGAAAAGGAGGACUCGGCGUCUUCCCGAAAAGUGGACCCCCCCAUUUCUGUGGGAAACAGAAAAACAUCACCUGCUGGGAAAGUGAACCCUGAGUCUUUAGGAAAGACAGACCCUGUGCCCUCGGUCCCAGGAGACCCCACGUUCUUGGGAACAGCGGGACCCUCGUCUUCUGUAAAAACUGGGGCAGUGGCUGAGGGGAAAGCAGCGCCGCUGUCCUCAGAGAGAGCAGGCCCUGUGGCCUCUGGAAAAGUGGGUCCCACCAUCUCAGGGAAGGCGGACCCCGCCCUGGGCAGGGUGGACCCUGGGAGCAGGGGGGAAGCGGACUCCGUGUCUUCAGGAAAGGUGGCGCCCCCAGCUCUAGGGAAAACAGCCCUGGCACCCGCGGGAAAAGCCGAUGCCGGCCCGGAGGGAAAGGUGGGUGCUCGGCCUCCAGAGAAGGGGAAUCCUGUGAACUCCACAAAGCAUGGUUAUGAGUGA